AUGGCCUUCUAUGUUAAUGACUUGAGGGCAUUUUAUGCAGAACGGAUAUACCCCAGGAGCUCUUCAAAAUGUGGCUGGAUGAGCGCUACAGUGGAGGUGUUAUUUCAGAUUGCGCAGAUCAUUCGAUUAAAUGAGCUGGAACUUUAUUUUGCUGAAGAUGUAUGCACGUCAAUGGAAUUUUACAGUCCCAGGAAUGAGUUGGAGGCUCUCAAUUCAAUUGUUUUGCUUAUUGACAAGUCACUUUGUUUGAGUUUCAGCUUUGAAGCAGUUACAAUGUUAGAUGGAACGUUGCUGUUGGAAGAGAUAAUGCAAGCAAGACGGGUAAUCAAUUCCUAG